AUGGUAUACACUUCGGACUCCGAUGAAUAUUUACAGCUACUCCAAAUAUUCCAACCUAGCAGUGAGAAACACAAUUCCCAUGCCGGGACUUCUGCUAUGCAACCACCUACCUCUGCCGUCGGACAGCCACCUCCUCUACCAUCUGCAGAUUGGCCUCUCUAUGACCCUUCUAUAAGCUAUGCCUCCACGUCUCUUGACCCAAACUGCACUGUGCAUACCACCAUAGGUCUCCCCACGGCGGACAACUUGUACCAGAACAGAAUGCAGUCUUCCUCGGUCAUGCAGCAAAGAGCCACUGGUGUUGAAACUGAAGUCCAUCUCAGCCCCGGUCGCACCUCAACCUAUGCCUGGUCCUCGCCGGCGAGUCCCUUCACCCCAGGGAGAUCCCCAGCAAACGAGAACAACAAUGAAGUUGAUGAUGUGGAACCAAUCUCUGCUCAUAGUGACCCCCAGAACCAAGAGUUAGUCUGA